AUGUGGACAGAAGUAGCUAAUACUGUCAAGGAGGCCGCAGAAAAACACAUUCCCAAGAAAAGGAACAGUAAGAAGGCUAGAUGGCUAUCAGUUGAGGCACUGCAAGUUGCAGAAGAACGAAGGAAAGCAAAAAUCAAGGGAGAUAGAUCAGCUAUGUUUGAAUUAAAUAAAGAUUUUCAGAAAUUAGCUAGAAGAGAUAAAAAUAUAUUCUUUAAUGAACAGUGCAAGGAAGUUGAAGAUACGGCGGGCCCGACGCACUACCGGCUGCCGCCGACGCUGGGCUACAAGGGCCACGACGUGACCAAGGAGCGCGCGCCCGCCUACACGAUGCGCCGCCGCUUGCCGCUGCCGCUGAGGCUGCUCGGCCCGGGGCCCAAGUACGGCCUGCGGCCCAACCUCACCCAGCACGGGCCGGGCGACCCACCGGCCUACACCAUGCGAGAGAGGCUGCCUCUAGGGCUGAAGCUGGACGUGCCGGGCCCCGGCAGCUACCAGCCGGAGAAGUGCACGGACGCGUCGCGGCCGCGCGCGCCCGUCUUCAGCAUGGGGUCGCGCACGAUGGCGCGCCUGCUGGACCACCUGCCGGGGCCCGCCGCCUACAGACCUCCCGCCACCGUAGGCCGACGCGUCUCCGACAAGCCCGCCGCGCCCUCUUACACCAUGCGCGGCUGGCUGACGGAGCCGCUGUACGAGUCGAGUCCGGGCCCGGCGGGCUACGUGCCGCCGCCCCCCGAGGUGUACCUGCGUCGCGCGCCCAAGCCCGCGGUGGGCGGCCGCCGGCCUCCCAUGCCGCAGUCGGCGCGCCCCGGCCCGGACGCCUACUACCCCAGCUACGCCUGGGGCCGGCACACGCCCGCCUUCUCCUUCCGGAAGCGCAACUCGCCGCUCGUCAUGGCCUUCUUUCUGCGGGAGGACAACCCCUGA